AUGCAAAGAGCACUCGAGUUGCGCAAAAAUAAUUCCGUGGAAUCGGAGCGAAUACCCAUAAUUCAACCAUUGUUGGGAGAAAGUGGGGCGAUCUCCACAACGAUUUCAACGAUCACUCCCCGAUCACAUCUUCUCCAUUUGCCCCGACACAUCUCUGAGCAGCUUGGAGGUUCGGCCCUCUCGAGUUCGUUAUCGAUUCUGCCCGACAAAACGAGUGGUGGAGCUGGGCUGACGAUGGGCGGGAAUGGUCGAAUGCUUGUCAAAGGACACACGGUCACAAUGGGAACCCCAAGACAAUUG